AUGAGUUCUCUAGUACCAAACCAGGAUAACCGAGCAAUAACUAUCAAAGUUCCUCAAAGGCUAGAUUUGCAGAAGUUCAAGUCGACAACCGACAUUCCAAGACCACCAACGGAACACAAGGUUAUCGAUGAUGUUUCUGAGUCUCUAUACAAGAAAGUUAAACUAAGAUUAGGAUCAGAACAACUGCUGCAUUCGACAGUACCAACUGCAUAUUAUGAACCUUUAGAAACUCAAAAAGAAAAAUCACCUUCUAGUCAACAGAGUAAGCACCAUCGUGCCGCUAUUCGCUCAGUUAUCAAGAAAACAGAUCACAAAUCCAGCAACUCGAAUGAAAAGUUCCGAACUAGAGUUUCAUUCGACACAGUUAACCUCCAAUACUCUGACGCCAAUGCGAUAGACGCUCGUUCUGAUGAUGAGGAUGAGUACAACUAUAUCUCCACUGCUCGUAACGCCCAACUUUUGGGUGGCUGGACGGAUACUUUGGACUCAAGUCGAAGGGGACGUUCGCUAUCCAAGGCAUCGACCGGUGGUCGCACUAGUAGCCCUCUUGCAAUGUCACCAACACAUUCCCCAAUGAGAUCCCCUCAACGAAGAAUUCAUUCCCCUGCUCCCUUGAGUAGAGGAGGUCCUGGUCUGUUUGGCGGUUUCAGGAGAGAUUAUCCAACAUCCCCCAUUAUUGAGCAUGAUUCCUGUACCCUUACUAAGAUUCAUAAAGACUGGGAGCUAUUAUAUGCAGGAAAACUACCAAACAAGAAACCUGCUUUACCGAACAGAGUCAUCCUAGUUUAUGCUAGCGGCAGAAGACAUACUUGGGUCGCAAUUGAUUGGUGUUUGCGCAGUUUGUUACAAGAUGGAGAUGAAAUCGUGAUUGCUGCAGCAGUAAACCCAGAUCAUCAUAUACCCAAUAAAUUGCACAAGCGACACAACGUGAGUAAAACUGGUCCCCAAUAUAUCAAAGUGGUUACUGGUAACUUGAUGAAAUACAUUAUUAGUGUAGUAAACCCAAGAAAGAUUGUGAAGAUCUCAGUGGAGUUGGCCGUUGGAAGCACUAAAGAAGUUCUUAGAGAUAUGCUUCAGUUGUACCAACCUAAUUUGGCAGUUAUUUCGGCCUUACCUAAUAAGAACAGUGCUCUGAGAUCCUGGAAAUCUUCCAGAUUAACUGAUAGAAUGGUUAAGAAUUACCCCAUCCCUACCAUUAUUGUCCCAGCUGCAAAUAUGGAUGAUUUUGAGAACAUUUUGUUUGAAAACCUUAACCGUAUCUACGAUGAAAAGGCAAAACAUAAUGUGAAGGAAGUUGACCUGGAAGAUGAGUUCUAUGACAUCCAGCUUCCUACAUCACAACAAUUCGAACUCGCCCUUAAAAAUAUCAGGCAAAGGGAUCUUAGAGAACUGAAAGACGUUGAUACGGCAUCGGUGUCUGGUAAACUAGAGGAUGGAGUUGAGAAAAAAGAAAGCACCGAGUCAAGUGAAGACACUAACGAAGAAGAUCUUGAUUAUGAUAAUGAAGAACCUCAAGAAUACGAUGGACCACGGACGGGAAGAACUCGGAGCAGAAACGAACCUCAUGCGACACGAAUGGUAAGGCCGAAGUCCGAGAAUCACAGUUCUGACUCAGACAGCAUUUAUUCAAACUCCUCAUUAGAAGAGACUACUAAUAUUGAACAUAUGAGAGCAGUGGUGUAUCAGACUGAAGCUAAUCUUGUAGAGCAGUUGUAUGAGAUUCGCAAGAAACCACUUAAUAAAGACACAUUCAAAGAACUAUUAGCCACAGUGUCCACUGCGGGUUACAAGAUCGGAAAGGAAAUGGCAGAGACAGCAAGGAUGGGAGGAGAAGGAGCAGAACUGGUACGAACUGUAACAGGGGCACCUUCUGUCGGCUCAAGCGCCUAUCACACAAAAUCGAUGUUGCUUGAUGUUUCACCAAAGACUUCGAAUUCAGCUACUGUGGCCAAACAGAAUCAAUGCCCAUCUCCUCCAGUUUUUAAGAUUGGUUCUAACUCUUCUAGUAACCAUUCUCAAAUGCCUAUCAUUACCAAGAAUGGCCCCAGUUCCAUAUACAGCUCAGAAGAUAAAACCGCAGAAGGUAGUUCUAAGGGACACUGGUCCAAUAGGUCUGAAUCUGGAGCGGAAGGUUCCACGGACAAGAAGAAAAGCAGAAGAUUUUCCAUACGUAGACUUUGGGGGAAAUAG